AUGUCGGCCAAUGCUCUCUGUGCAAUUGGAUCAAUCAUCACAAUCCAUCCUCACUUCCCUAAAAACAACUACCACUCCCUCGCUUUGAACUGCCUCUUGAAUUCCUGUUCCUCCCUUUCCCACCUUAAACUUACCCAUGCUCUAAGUAUUACAACUGGGUUUCACAACAGCCUCCUCCUCUCCACAAAGCUUAUAACUUCGGCUUCCGCUUUAUCAUCAUCGAUGGACUAUGCUCGAAAGCUGUUCGACAAAAUGCCCCAGAGAGAUGUCUUUCUUUGGAAUACUUUAAUUAGGGGAUAUGCUGAUCUGGGUCCUUAUCAGGAGGCUGUAAUGCUUUAUAAAACCAUGCAUCACGAUGGGUUCUUACCAGAUAAUUAUACUUUCCCUUUCGUGGUUCGAUCCUGCGCAGUGAUAUCGGCUUUAAAGGAGGGGAAAGAAGUGUAUUGUAAUGUUAUUAAAAAUGGGUUUGAUUUGGAUGUGUUUGCACAGUGCUUUAGUCUCUACGUAUGCUCAAGGUGGGGAGACUUUGAGAAAGGAGAUUGUUUUGGUGAAGUGGUUGUAAGGAAUAUUGUUUCUUGGACUGCAGUUACUGCAGGUUACGUGCAAAAUGGGCUUUUCAAGUAG